UCUCUUUUCCGGCCAUGUCUUCCUUGUUUCCGUAGCCGCACGCGAUUUACUCGGUUCCUUUCUUUUCGGGAAAAGAUCAGUCCGGCGGCAUCAGUCCCGCCGCCCCGCCGCUCAGCCGUGAGGUCCAGCCGCGCCGACGCUCUGUCGUGCAGUUCACGUAGCGACUCCGGCCGCCCCUCUCUGUGGCGAAGUUCGAUCGCCAGAUUCAAUCCUUGCUUACACGAGAACUUUUUGGUGUUUGCAAAGAGGGGAGCCUAGUGAACUGAAGUUUGAAAACUUUGCUGUCUAAUGAAGACGCAAGGGAGUGAUGGUGGAGUUAUUGACAUAGACAAGACAACACUAUUGUUGGAACCAGAGAACAAUAAUGAAGGGGGAUUGUCAGUUCCUGGAAAGGACAGACCGGUGUUUAGACCUCCUGAGAGAAGAUCUCAUCUAGGUCUCGAUGUACUUGCAAAUGCAAAACGGGGAGGAUCUAACGAGAAUGGAUUCAAGGUCCCAAGGCAAAGUAUUGCUUCUUUUGUUUCAUCAAUGGAGGAAGAGGAGACAUUUGAAUCCUCUGGAGUCACUGAAUCUGGACAAGAAGCUAAUAUCUCUCGAAAUCAUUCUGUUAAAAGUCGGCAUUAUCGGGAAGUAGCUUCCAAUGAUUCAAAUGAAGGGCGUACUGCGACUCAAGAAGGAAUAGCUGGAGAUUCAUUAAAGAAUCCUAAAUCAAGUGAAAUUUCGGAUUCCAGUGUUGUAACUAUGUCAUCCAAAAGCACACACGUGAACCGGUAUAGGAGCCCUAGACAAGACCAUGAUUAUCAUGAUAGAGAGAGACAAGAUUUUGACAAUGAUAUUAGAAGUAACAGGAGAGCGAGACAUGGGCAAAGUUAUGAUGGUGAUGAGCAUUAUUAUGGGAGAUCCCGGUAUCAAAGGGACCAUGACAGAGAUGAGAGAAAGAGAAGUAGAUAUGAAAGUUCACGAAGAACUCCUGGCAGAUCUGAUUGGGAUGAUGGUAGAUGGGAAUGGGAAGAUACACCACGUAGGGAUGGCCGCUCUAAUUCUAGCAGGCAUCAUCAACCUUCACGAUCCCCAAUGUAUGUUGGCGCCUCACCAGAUGCUCGAUUAGUUUCUCCAUGGUUGGGUGGCAACACUCCUAAUUCUGGUUCUUCUGCUUCACCUUGGGACCAGAUCUCUCCUUCACCUGUUCCAGUACGUGCCUCUGGAUCCUCAACUAAGUCAUCAAGUUCAAGUUAUCAUGCAAAGUCCCACCACCUUAAAUUUUCAUCACGAAGUUCUCAUCUGUCUGAGGAUUCUCAAAUGGACGAUUCUGAAUCAACUGGAACAAAGUAUGAGAUCAGUGAGAAUAUGCGCCUGGAGAUGGAGUACAACUCUGAUCGGGCUUGGUAUGAUAGAGAUGAAGGUAAUACAAUGUUCGAUGCUGAUAGCUCAUCAUUUUUCUUUGGAGAUGAUGCUAACAUCCAGAAGAAAGAAGCUGAGCUGGCCAAAAGAUUGGUUCGUCGAGAUGGGACUAAGAUGACCCUUGCUCAGAGCAAAAAAAUGUCUCAGCUCACUGCUGAUAAUGCACAGUGGGAAGACCGACAACUUUUGAGAUCAGGAGCUGUUAGGGGUACCGAGGUGCAGACUGACUUUGACGAUGAGGAAGAGCGCAAAGUCAUUCUUCUGGUCCAUGAUACAAAACCCCCUUUCCUUGAUGGAAGAGUUGUUUUCACUAAACAAGCAGAACCAAUAAUGCCAAUAAAAGACCCUACAUCAGAUAUGGCUAUAAUAUCGCGCAAAGGAUCUACACUGGUGAGGGAAAUCCAUGAGAAACAAAACCAGAACAAGUCACGACAACGAUUUUGGGAGCUUGCAGGCUCUAAACUUGGUGAUAUCCUCGGUGUUGAGAAAACGGCAGAGCAGAUAGAUGCAGAUACUGCAGAAGUAGGUGAUGAAGGUGAGGUUGAUUUCAAGGAAGAUGCGAAGUUUGCACAACAUAUGAAGAAGGGGGAAGCAGUGAGUGAAUUUGCCAAGUCUAAAACCUUAGCACAACAAAGGCAGUAUCUUCCUAUAUAUUCAGUUAGAGAUGAGUUGCUGCAGGUUAUCCGUGAAAAUCAGGUGGUUGUGGUCGUUGGAGAAACUGGUUCGGGAAAGACCACUCAACUGACUCAGUAUCUAUUUGAAGAUGGUUAUACUACAAAUGGUGUAGUGGGUUGCACCCAACCAAGGCGUGUUGCAGCAAUGAGCGUUGCAAAAAGAGUGAGCGAAGAGAUGGAGUGCGAUUUGGGUGAUAAAGUAGGUUAUGCCAUUCGAUUUGAGGACGUAACUGGGCCAUCAACUAUUAUUAAGUAUAUGACUGAUGGAGUACUUCUGCGUGAAACUCUCAAAGAUUCUGAUCUCGAUAAAUAUCGUGUAAUUGUGAUGGAUGAAGCACAUGAGAGGUCACUUAGCACGGACGUCCUUUUCGGGAUCUUGAAAAAGGUGGUUGCCCAACGUCGUGAUUUCAAGCUUAUUGUGACGUCUGCUACUCUUAAUGCACAAAAGUUUUCAAACUUUUUUGGAAGUGUUCCUAUUUUUCACAUCCCUGGGAGAACAUUUCCUGUGAACAUUUUGUACAGCAAAACUCCAUGUGAAGAUUAUGUUGAAGCAGCAGUGAAGCAGGCUAUGACCAUCCAUAUCACAAGCCCUCCCGGAGACAUUCUCAUCUUCAUGACUGGCCAAGACGAGAUUGAGGCAGCCUGUUUUGCCCUUGCGGAGCGCAUUGAACAGCUUAUUUCAACCACAAAAAAGGGGGUGCCCAAACUCUUGAUACUGCCCAUAUAUUCACAGCUUCCUGCCGACUUGCAAGCAAAGAUCUUUCAGAAAGCCGAAGACGGCGCUCGUAAAUGCAUUGUCGCCACCAACAUUGCCGAGACUUCCUUAACCGUGGAUGGAAUAUUUUAUGUCAUUGACACUGGUUAUGGUAAAAUGAAAGUGUACAAUCCUAGGAUGGGUAUGGAUGCACUGCAAGUGUUUCCGGUUAGUCGUGCUGCUGCAGAUCAGCGUGCUGGACGUGCUGGUAGAACUGGACCUGGUAGUUGCUACCGUUUGUACACGGAAAGUGCAUACUUAAACGAAAUGCUGCCGAGUCCCGUGCCAGAGAUCCAAAGAACUAACUUGGGGAAUGUAGUUUUACUGCUUAAAUCCCUUAAAGUUGAAAACUUACUGGAUUUUGAUUUUAUGGAUCCACCACCACAGGAUAACAUCCUUAACUCUAUGUACCAGUUGUGGGUAUUAGGGGCUCUUAACAAUGUUGGAAGUUUGACUGAACUUGGGUGGAAGAUGGUCGAGUUCCCAUUGGAUCCCCCUCUUGCCAAAAUGCUUUUGAUGGGCGAACAGCUCGGAUGCAUCGACGAGGUGCUGACUAUUGUCUCGAUGCUUUCAGUACCAUCGGUAUUCUUCCGACCCAAAGAUCGUGUCGAGGAGAGCGAUGCUGCUAGGGAAAGGUUUUUCAUUCCUGAAUCCGACCACUUAACGCUGUAUAACGUUUACCAACAAUGGAAGCAACACCAAUACCGAGGGGACUGGUGCAACGACCAUUUCUUACACGUGAAAGGGCUGCGAAAGGCUCGGGAGGUGCGGUCGCAGUUGUUAGAUAUUUUGAAAACACUGAAGAUACCGCUGACAUCCUGUUGGCCCGAUACGGAUCUUGUGAGAAAAGCUAUUUGCUCUGCUUAUUUUCACAAUGCAGCUCGAUUAAAGGGUGUGGGAGAGUAUGUAAAUUGCAGGAAUGGGAUGCCAUGCCAUCUUCAUCCAAGCAGUGCUCUCUACGGCAUGGGAUGUACUCCUGACUACGUCGUUUAUCACGAAUUGAUUUUGACAACAAAGGAGUAUAUGCAGUGUGCGACCGCAGUCGAGCCCCAAUGGUUGGCCGAACUUGGACCGAUGUUCUUCUCCGUCAAGGAGUCGGAUACAUCACUCUUGGAGCAUAAGAAAAGACAAAAGGAAGAGAAAACAGCCAUGGAGGAAGAGAUGGAGUCUUUGAGAAAGAUUCAAGUCGAGUCCGAGAGAGAAAGCAAGGAGCGUGAAAAGGAGAAGCGACGAAAGCAGCAGCAACAAGUUUCUACGCCGGGUUUACGACAAGGUUCCGGAACUUAUCUAAGACCAAAGAAGCUGGGUUUGUGAGGACAAAAUUUGUUGUACUGUAUCAAAUAUCAAAUAGUUGGUUCAUAUCAAAUUUAGUUAAUAUUUAAAACAAAAAUGUAUAUUUUGUACUGAUUUUGACACGUAGUUCAGAGUUUAAAGAGUUCCAGAGAACAUAAUAUGCGCAUCCAAUAUAAUGCCAAAAUUCUCCUUUCGUUUGCA